AGAACAUCUUUCGAAGUAAAACAUGUCCACUUUUGCUUUUUUGUUGUUGUGCAUCCAGGCUUGCCUCAUCCAGCAAGCCUACAGCCAAAUUCUUGGCCUCAACAGCUAUGGACCAUCCUACGGCACUGUGGGUUACGGCGGAUCUGAAGUGACUGCCAUCGAGGUAGACACAUUUGGUGCCGGCGGAUACGGAUAUAACGGCGGCUUGGCUGGAGUUGGUGGCUUGGGAGUUGGCAACUUGGGUCUGGCUGGCAUCAACAACUUAGGACUGGCUGGUGGCUUAGGAGUAGCCGGCGUUAACAACCUAGGACUUGGCAUCAACUCUGGACUUGGACUUGGCUUGAACUCCGGUCUCGGUUUGGGAGUUGGCAAUGUCGGAAUUGGCGGACUUGGCGUUGGCUCGGUCGGUCUUGCCGGCGUCGGCGCUGGCUACGGCGGUGUGGGUAACGGCGCUCUCGCCGUCGCUGGAGAGCUGCCAGUCUCUGGCACCACCAUCGUCACUGGCGCCGUGCCAGUGCUUGGAGCUGUUGGUUUCAGUGGCAACGUGCCAGCUGCUGGCGCCGUCUCCAUCUCUGGCAACUGCGGAUGCGGUGGUGUUCCAUACGGAACCUUCUAAGCAUCUCACAGAACAAAAUGAUUAAAUAA